AUGCAACAUGGCGCAGGCAUAUGGCAUCAGAAUUUUAUCAUUUUCGCAUUCUGGUAUGUACUCGGAGUGAACUGUAUAAGGAAUGAGGAUGAAGAAGGGAAGGAGUCGAAGUACAAAUUCGAGUAUUCAGUGAAUGACAGGAGAUCUGGUAACAUCCACUCCAGAGAGGAGGAGCGAAGAGGAGGCGUCCUCAGCGGGCAGUACAGCGCUCACUUCCCGGACGGCUUCAAGAGGACUGUCGUUUACAACGUUAAUGGCGAUUCUGGAUUCGUAGCCACUGUCCAUAAGGAGAAGAUCCACAACUGCUAUCACUGCAUGGAUGCUGCCCCGUUCUCAGUCGGAUACGAGAUCCAGCAUCACAGUCCCGACAGCCAUGUGAAAUCCUUCUUCUACAUGGACAGUGGAAUAGCAUCAUCGAUAGUUGAAGUCGAUUCUGAUGGAACGAGGAUACACAGAAAAACGAAACACUUGUCUCCAUUGAUACAUCUCAACAAGUUAUAACCUGGAACAAUGCCAAAAACCAAAUGAAGACUGAUAGCAAUUAACCUUUUAGUUAUAUUUUUAGUUUUUUAAAUACUUUUAUAAUAAAACAAUUUAUUCUUAGUCAUUAAUUAAUUCUAGUAUUGUUUAAUAAAAACCCA